GAAGAGAUGUAGGCGGAGGCGCUACAGUCCCAGGUUGGGUACACUUUUCGAUCAAGAUAAACACAGCUGCCCGAGUUACUGGAUCGUACCAACCGUUUUGAUCCGCAUGAGAUUCCUGACGGCGUGGAUAUCGCUCCUCCUGCUUGCCACACUGGAAUUUUGCUAGAGUGGCGGCGCAAACCUGCCAUGCCGAAGGUUCAACACUCUCGUCGUCCUGCGGCGGCGUGUGCGAUUCGUAUCAGCCGUGUCUGACCUACAAUGUGUCGGACAGCACGUCUUGCAACAGUUGUGUGGCCGACUCGAUCGGGGAUUGUAACUAUGUGUGCUACAAUAUCUACCGCGAUGUACCCGUGGAUGAGUCGCUCUUCGUCUUCUUCAUCACUUACGGUACGUACCAGAGCGAGGAGGAGCUAGAAGCUAGAGCCCAAGACUCCUCGUACGAUGCCAAUAUGGAAAGCAUCCCAGACAACACAAGCACCUACGCUUGGGCAAGCAACAAUAUCAUCGCUCGUAUCGAUGCACUGGACUUGCCAUCCGCUACAAAACAAGUCGUGUUGGCUGGAGGCACAAGCUUCGACUUGGUGUUCAAGUCCAAGGUGGUGAAUCUGCAGCUCGCAGAAGAUCUACUAACUUCUCAGGCGCAGGUAACCCAGGUCUGGUUGCUCUCAAUUAAUCUGAAAGGACAGAUUGGCACCGUCAGAGAUCUCCUCCCAUUCUCAACAACAUACCUGAACCUCGCGAACACUCUGCUGCACGACUUUCCAGCAAAUCUACUAUCGCUGCCCUCGAUCUCCUCGCUGUGCAUUUUUUAUAAUCUGUGUUUUCUUACACGUGACUUUUACAUGUCAUUUAAUGAAAUGACGUCCUUCGAGGGCGAUUUUCCUAAUCUUGCUGCUCUCACACUUACUGAAAACAACUUCACCGAGAUCCCCGCUAUCAUUUUUACUAUGACAUCGUUGACGUCGCUGUAUCUAACAGGAAACCCCUUCAAGACACCUAUACUCACGCUGGAUCAAGUCAACUUCCUGGAGAGGCUCACAGAUUUCGACCUGAUUGGAACUGAUUUUCAGGAGGAGACCAAAUGUGAAACUUCAGCGCAGCGCACCAUCCAAGGUCUUGUCAUUUGUGUCAGCGACUUCAUGGUGAGCUCGAAUUCAGCAGGAUCUGGCUCGAACGACGGCGGAUCAGGAUCAACACCGAACUCUAGCACGAUGAUAACUGUGGUUGCUGCAGUUGGUGGAGCUGUCUUGCUCACCAUUUGUGGAGCGAUCUUGUUUUGCAUAAAGACUCGCACCACUGGUAAACCGGAGACGAUGGCUAUGACAGACCCCACCAUGCGUACUACUCGAGACAAUUACGACAACUUGUCGAUUUGGCGCGAUCCUGAACUUCUCUCUCUCCAGGUGAGCGUUGAGGACAUCCAGGAUGUCAAAUUGAUUGGGAGUGGUGCGUUCGGUGUAGUUUGGCUAGUCCGCUAUCGCAGCGCUCAACUUCUUGCUUCGAAGCGACUUCGUGAGGAUAUGGCGACGCGUGAAAGGGUGCAAGACUUUGUGGACGAAAUCAAGAUGGUUUCAAAGUUUAAUCACCCGAGCAUUGUCAAGUUCAUCGGUGCAGCUUGGAGUAUUGAAUCGGAUCUUCAGGCUAUAUUCGAGUACAUGGAGAACGGCGACCUGCGCACAUAUCUGUCGGCUUCCUAUCUGCCACAUUACUGGACACCUACAAAGUUUCAGCUGGCUAUUGAUACGAUUGAGGCGCUUGUCUACGUGCAUUCAUUCAACCCCCCUUUGAUUCACCGCGAUCUAAAAUCUCGAAAUGUGCUGAUCUCGGCAGAAAUGCAUGCGAAAUUGACUGACUUCGGCACGACACGCUACCGAUCGAUAGAUGGAACAAUGACGAUUGGGGUAGGAACUGGUAGGUGGCUCGCACCCGAGAUCAUCUCGGGGAGCACCGAGUAUGACCAGCGGGCAGAUAUUUUCUCCUUUGGGGUACUUCUGACCGAGAUUGAUACACAUAACCUCCGAUAUUAUGACGCCGUUUGUAACGGGGUACGUAGCACUAAGUGUACCCUGGUUACAUGAA